AUGGCAGCUCUGCCCCCCCAGCCCAGCGGGAAGGCAGCCUCGCCAGGGGUCACACAUGUCACCCCCUCUGUGACAGCUCCCUUGCCCCUUGCAAUAAAGAAACAACCAAGUGUCACUUCUCCCCAGGUGCCUCCUCUCCCUCCAGCCCCUCCUGGCCCCACUCCCCCUGCAACAUUCCCAAAGCAGCAGAGUUUCUCUGUGAAGCCUCCUCCAUCCCCUCAGUCCCCAGUGCCAUCGGUGGUGAAGCAGAUAGUUAGCCAGUUCCCACCUCCUCCCACCCCACCUGCCACUGAGCCCCAGCCUCUGAAACCCCUUCCACUGAGUGUGGCUCCACAGUCCCCUCCAGCAGUGAAGGCAAAGCCCAAAUGGCAGCCUGCUCCUGCUGCUGCUCCCUCACCAGAUUUCCCCCCUCCUCCACCAGAGAGCAGUUUAGUGUUUCCUCCUCCACCUCCUUCCCCAGCUUCCUCUGCAGGUUCUCCCCCCCCUGACAAAUCAGGGUCUCCAGUCAAAAAGGCCGGCAAGACAUCAAGCCCUGGAGGGAAGAAACCGCCUCCGACACCUCAGCGCAACUCCAGCAUCAAGUCCACGAGCUCCACUGAGUACCAUGAGUCCAAGAGGCCUUCAGUGGACCGCCUUGUCAGCAAAUUUGCACACCCACCAGAGCCAUCAGGGUCUCCUUCCAAGGAGUCAUCGCCUCCUCCAGCCCCCCCAAAGCCAGGAAAGCUCAACCUUUCUGGGGUGAGCCUGCCCAUUGUCCUUCCACAAGGUGGGAUCCCAGCCAAGGCUUCUGCUCCGAGUAUAUCUGGAAAGGAACCUGUGGUUGAAUUCCCUUCACCACCAUCUGAUUCAGACUUCCCACCACCACCACCUGAAAUAGAUCUUCCUCCCCCACCAGUAGAAAUCCCAUCUGUGUUUUCGGGCAGCACCUCCCCAAAAGUCGCUGUUGUAAAUCCCCAGCCUCAGGCGUGGUCAAAACCGUCUGUGAAAAAAGCCCCACCACCCACACGCCCCAAGCGGAACGACAGCACCCGACUGACGCAGGCGGAGGUCGCAGAGCCACCAGGGCCAGCUGGCCCUCAAGUGCCCACUUCACCCAAGUCCAGCCUUAGCGUUCAGCCAGGAUUCCUGGCAGACCUCAACCGGACGCUGCAGCGGAAAUCCAUCACCCGGCACGGCUCCCUCUCCUCCGCGCGGAUGUCGAGGGCAGAGCCCACCGCCACCAUGGACGACAUGGCCCUGCCUCCGCCCCCGCCGGAGCUGCUGGCUGACCAGCAGAAGACGAGCAGCUUUGGGGGCAGUCACAUAUCUGGCUAUGCAACGUUACGGAGGGGGCCGCCCCCAGCACCUCCCAAAAGGGAUCAGAACACCAAGCUGUCACGGGACUGGUAGUCAGUCCCGAGGGGCCGCUGCUCUCCAUGACUCGUGGGCUGCUCUGUGAUCAGCCAGCCUGUGAUCUUGCGCACUUGGAGAGAAUGUGGGGAUGUGGAUGAUAGCCCCAUCAAAAGAGGUGAUCUCAAACUGCAGCUAAGGCUAAAUGUAAAGACAUUCCCCUCUCAUGGCUAGGCUAAAAAAGUUGAGGGGUUGGGGGUGUUGAUAUUUUAUUGGAAAAAGUGAGUAGAGAGGUAUCGGCUUCAUCCUUUCAAUUUCUUUUACCCUUCUUAUGGAUUGGACCAAAACCCCAUUUUCGUUCUUUUUCUGCAUUUAGGGGCGGGGGAGGGAGAUAAUUUUUUUGUAGUGUCUGUCCACGUGAGACAUGUUUGUGCAUGUAUUAUAAGUGUAGGUAUAUAAUAUAUUGUGAUAUAUUUCGUCGCAAUUAUAGAAGAUAACCAGAAUGUUUUUGUAGAACCGUAUUUAUUGUUUCAGUCAGUAUAUUACCUGGAAUCGGACUCUAACUGGUCAAAUCUUACCACAAAGAUGGAGAUGUAGGGGGCACUUUAAAGAAAGGAAGAAAAAAACCCAAACCCAUGAACUUCUCAGCAGUUUGUGGUGGGUAAAUGGUGCAGAGCCAGAGGUGUUCUGCUAGUAACUGUACAUGGUCCAUUGAUUGAAAAGUACAGAUUCAACAUACCAAAACAUUCUGGUCAUAAUACUACUGAAAGUGAGUAUGCUCUGAGGAAAAAAGUAGAUUUUAUAUAUAGUGGGCUGGAGUGAAAUAUAUUUAUACUAUAGAGAGCCUCCCCCUCCUCCCAAAUAGUUUAAAAAUAUACAGUGCUACAAAUUCUUUCAAAGUUAUUUGUCCAUGCAGUUAAGUAGGAUAAAUAUAUGUUAUUCCAAAACAGUAUGCAUUCUAACUGAUGGUAGGCUCGAUCAUUUGUUUCUAUGGCUCAAGAUGAAUGAAUAUAUUUGUGUUAACCCCUUCUGAAAGCUGCCAGGACUCCUGCAGUCGAAAAUCCUGCCAACCCACAAGGCUGACCCACGCCGAUCCAUCACUUAUCCGUGUAGUUCUUUCCUUGAAUGAACAGUUUAAGGAACCAAAAGUGCCAUUUCAACAGCAGAAGGGCAAAAGAGAAAUUUUCUGCUUUUUACGGAAUAAGGCAUAGAACCAAAUUGUUUUGCUUCAGUGGUACCACUGCAGGUAAAUUUGUCUCUUAUUCAAAAUAAGAUGAUAAGUGAGUCUUACUAUGAUUGUUACUUCAACUAAUGUCAUGUUAAAAUCAGUUGCACUCCAGGAAAGCAGUAUAAACUCCUGGCAGAAGGUAGUGAGGAUACAACCAGAACAUAUGAGUUUGGUUGUUUCCCUUUUUGCAUUGAUAAGGUGUAGAUUAUGUACUCAAACAGUGUACUCCUCAUUUGGAGGUGAGAGUUUUAAUUCUUUGACACCCAUUUGUGGCUCCUGGUGUUUAGUUUUGCAUUCCCUCGCACAAUCAGGGCAGACUCCAAACCAGAGAGAUUUAACACUACAAGGGAUAAUUUUCUUUUGGAUGUUUUUGUAACAUGCUGGGGUUUUAAGCUUUAUUUUGGAAUUAUAAGUUUGUCUUAAAUUCAGCAAUUUUCCUUUCUGAAUUCUUUCCUUCCUUCAGUUAAAAAGUCCCCACAAAGACUAACCAAACCAGGGGUCUGUUGUAGGGGGCAGCACUCACUAACACUGUGAUCCACUGAGUCACAGGAUUGGUGUAGUUUUGAAAAGUUUAAGACACUAAACUGCAAAUGAGAUGAAAAUGCGUGUGCAUCCCACACAGUGUGUUACAGUAACUGCCACUAACACGGGGAAAAUGGUGACUUGGGUUAAUGAUUAUUUGGUUCUGCAAGGCACUCAGGGGGGAAGGACUCAAGGAGCUCUGUUCAGCAGAUGUGUGUAUCUUUGCUGACAGGAGUUAGAGAAGUUGGAAGACCAGGAGGAACAGGAACUGGAUGCACAAUCUCCCACGGCAGGGACUUAGUGAGAUAAAUGAGUGAGAAGGAACUUGAGUGACAGAUUUUGGACCCUACCCCCUCCUUAUUUAAAUGCUUAAAGGCAACUUGUCUUUUAGGCAACUUGUCUUUUAGGAGACUUUGGAACUGAAUCAACUGUUCCCUACAGUGGAAAAUAAUUUCCUCCCAGCUUUCCCAAGAUGCCAAAGAUGCAUUCAGAGCUAAAUUCCAGGUACGCACCAGCCUCGAGAGGCCAAGUUGCCAGGAGCUGAUGUGCUGCUGAUCUGCUGCAUGUGUCUGGCAAGAGAACAGGGUGCCACUGUUAGAUGUGGUGCAUCCAUUGCCUUUAACCAACACUGGAAACUGGGUACACACCUGCAAAGGACAGUUUAGCAAUCCAACCUGUGCCCACAGUGCCCUGCUGCUGAUUUGGUGCAGCUUAUACUUCUAAAAUCAAAACUAAAUGCUUUGUCACAAGUUGUAAUUGGAAAUUUUAGGCCUCCUAGUGGACUGCAGUGGACCAGGACUUAACUGGAGCAGCAGUUUGUUUUAUGGCUUACUGUAAUUGUUACCGGCCCCUGGGAAUAUUCUGUAUAAUACUGGAGAUGCAAGUGUAAGAAAAAGUGUCACUGCAAUGAUGAUUUGUCUGUGCAGCAAACUUGUGCUGAGUGCUGUAAAUACAUUCAUGUUUACUGCUUUAAAAAGAAAAUUGCACAUUUUAUCUUUUAAUGGGAUUGCCUCCCCUCUUCUUCCCUUUCCAAAAAGAAAAAUCAAAGCUCUUUUAGACUGAUAGUUUCAGGUUGGGGGGAGCUUUGCCAUAUUAUAAAUAUAUAUAAAUAUAUGUAUAAAUAUACUUUUUUAAGCAUGAGAGAGGACAAAAGAAAUACUACAUUAUAGAAUACCCAAUAUAGAUCAUUAUACAAUGGAAUAUGCACAAUUCAAUAAAGAUGUAGUUAAAUUUAAUAA